CAGAUGAAGCUGUCUGUGAUCUGUAUUGUGUAUGCCUUGGUUUCUUUUGCCAGUACUGAGGAAGGAGCAAGGUUACUGGCUUCAAAGUCACUGCUGAACAGGUAUGCUGUGGAAGGACGAGACCUAACACUGCAGUACAACAUCUAUAAUGUGGGCUCGAGUGCUGCCCUUGAGGUUGAGCUCAGUGAUGAUUCUUUCCCUCCUGAAGAUUUUGGAAUUGUUUCCGGAAUGUUAAAUGUCAAGUGGGACAGGAUUGCACCAGCCAGUAACGUGUCUCACACUGUAGUACUAAGACCUCUCCAGGCAGGUUAUUUCAACUUUUCUUCAGCUGUGAUUUCUUAUGUGGCACAAGAAGGCGGACCAGUUGUGAUUGGUUAUACCAGUGCUCCAGGGCAAGGUGGCAUCUUGGCUCAGAGGGAAUUCGACAGAAGAUUUUCACCUCAUUAUCUGGACUGGGCAGCAUUUGGUGUUAUGACCCUCCCCUCCAUUGGAAUCCCUCUCCUGUUGUGGUACUCCAGUAAGAGGAAAUACGAUACUCCCAAGACCAAGAAAAACUAGUGUUGUAAAACAUGCUGCUUGAGUUAGUGGUGGUUUCUAAAAUAAACAGGAAAAAAACAGUUAAAUGAAUUAAAGCAUCAAGAAACAAGGCAUUGAUAAAACCUUGAAAGUUUAGACAUAAAAUGUUUUUAAAUUAUCAAGUCAUUGUCAACAAGAAAAAUGUCUUCUACAGCACCUGCAAUUUUUGUUACCAGGAUUAAUUUCUGUAUGUGCAACUUGUUUCUUUUCAUCUUUCAGAGUGCAGAAUGAACUACUCAUGGAGAAAAUGGGAUUUUUGAAUUCCAGAACCAUUACAAAUUGACAACCAUUUUGUGUUUAACUAGAAUUAACUUGAAAUAAACCUAUUGUUUUGGUUUAUUUGAAAUUGUAUACUUGAUGGUGAACAGUUUACUGAAUUUUUUUUGUAAUAAAAUGUGUGGUCUGAAGGGAA